CCUGAACUAGGAAACACUAUUCGGCUGUGUGAACGCAGACCUACGGGAGCCUGCUUGGAUCAUCCCGCAAUGAGAAUCCUUACAGGGCUAUUGCGAAUAGGCAGAAGUUGCCUCUCUCCUACUUUAAGUGCAUCAUAUGGCGCAUUGCGACCAUCCUGGGCUCUAACAGGAGGGGGAUACCGCUAUAGCACGCAGUCUAAUGACUCAAGCAGGCCUAUAAGCCGAUACCCUGUACCGUAUAAAAAGGAUCUGCCGUACGACAUUGUGGAGCUCAUGGAAGAAGUAGAAAGAAAGGGUGGAUUUUUGCCCAACGUUUUUCGAGCCUUGGCACACCGACCACAAGAGUUCAGAGCCUUUUUUGCGUAUUAUGAUACCCUGAUGAAUAAAGAAACAGGAAAUCUAUCAAAAGCAGACAAAGAGCUUGUUAUUGUAGCAACCAGUGCCAGCAACAGGUGCCCUUAUUGUGUGACUGCUCAUGGUGCUCUGCACAGAGUAUACUCCAAGAAAACAACCCUGGCAGACCAGGUUAUUAUUAACUGUGAUCUUGCAGAACUCAGUGACCGAGAACGUGCUAUGAUACAGUUCGCUUUAGCAGUUGCCAAGCCAGAGAACAUCACCGAAGAUCACUUUGCCAAAUUGGAAAAGCAUGGAUUUGACCGUGAAGAUGCUUGGGACAUCGCCAUGAUUACAGCCUUUUUUGCUAUGGCUAAUCGUGUGGCACACUUGACAGACCUGAGACCCAAUGAGGAAUUUUAUACACUCGGAAGAUUUCCCAAGGUGAAAAAUGGUGAACCACAUACUAAGAAGAACUAGUCAAAAACCAUAGGCUAGGCUGUAUGUCUACAGAUAAAGCCAUCAUUUGUCUACUAAAUGGCACGCACUGGCUCAAUCGUUGACUCCAGCUAUGAAUACAAAAAUAAAUAACAAAUAACCUGUUAGUGACACUGGUGUUAUCACCUCCUAUGUAUCUACAUUUACAUACAAUAUUUCUAAGUAAAUGUUAUCACCUUACUGAAACUUAGCCGUUUUGUAAAUCUAAAACUAUACAAAAUUGCUGUAACAAAAAAUCGAAUAACAUUUACAUACAUUAUAUUCAUAGAGCGCCCUCAAAUUCUGUGGAUCUAAUUCUCAAGGGCUUUCUUGACUUAUAACCUUCUCCUCUUUACCAGGGGUAGGUAAAUUGUGAUUUCAAUCUGUUUUGGGGUUUUGAUUCUGUAAACCCGUUUCCGGAUUGCAUCCUUUGGUUUAGGUAACGAGAACAGUGAUGCACUCUCACGUUUCGGAUAAACUAUACUGUAUAAAAACUAGAGACUAGUGUUGCCGGCUAGUGUCCUCAGGCCCCAAUAAUGCUGGGUCCAGCUUCUCCAUGUUGCUCUACCACUAGACAUAGGUAGAUCUCUUGGUAAUCUACACAGAGAAGGUAAUUAGUCAGGUCUGUUAGUAUGACUGAGGGACUGAUGAAACUGCCUGUUCUAAGGUGAAAAACUCAACUAAAUGCUUUAAGAACCAUAGAUGGGAACAACUCAUAUAGAGGAUAUCCGAUGCUGGACCUAUAGUUGCAGUAGAUGAUGUAAUCUUUGAUUUCACCACACAAGACUCGUGUGUCAGGUUGUAUCUCACUACAUGAUAGAACACCACUAUGUGACAUGUCUCAAAUUAACUUUAAGCUACAAUUGGGGUGGUGUUUUUAGAACUAUUUACAUGAAAAAUAUGACAUCAUGUAUUUUCCUUAGUUGCUCAUACUGUUAACAUCCAUGCAGAUACAAUCACUGCGGUGCUUAAUAAAAAUGUUUUUUUUUCGUUACAACUGGUCAAAAACUUUAUAUAGCGUAACAGUGCAUGCUUAGAACUUUAAUAUAGUAAAAUUAUU